AUGUCCGAGUCCAUACCUCUUGCCAGAGUUCGUUCACCGGCGGCAGCACGCUCUGACUACGCACGAGUAGACCCUGAAGAUACCGAGCAAGAAGCUGAGCUCCACCAUGUCUCUUCCUACGACAGUAUGGAGGACGAUGCCCGCCUCAGCGCCAUUCAUCCCCCGUGGAAACGCAAUCUCUACAUGCUCGUCGAGCGGCCGACAUCCUCCUUUUCUGCCUUUGUCGUGCACGUCCUCACGACCUCUCUCAUCGUCAUCUCCGCCGUGGUGACCGUGCUUGAAACGAUUCCCUCUUUCCACUCUAUUCCGCCGCAGAUAUGGUUCGGGCUAGAGACGGCGCUGGUCGUGCUUUUCACUGUCGAAUACGUUGCGAGAUGUGUCGCCCACUCGGCAGAUCUGUGGACCUUCUUUCGGUGGUUUGGAUCGUUCUUCGCACUGAUCGACCUGUUGGGUAUUUUGCCCUACUACAUCGAAAUAGCAUUACACCAAGAUACGGCAACGUUCUUCAGAUUCACAAUCCUACGAACGUUCCGACUUCUGCGAGUGUUCAGGCCCUUCCGCCACAAUAACACAAUCCUCCUCACCAUAGAGGUAAUGUACCUCUCCUUCCGUCGCUCGCAACAUGCCCUUCUUGCUCUGUCAUUCUUCGUUGUCAUGGUUCUUGUGGUCUUCAGUACAUUGCUGUACUUUGCUGAACGAGGGACCUGGGACGAGGUGCUCGGGACAUUCAUCAAUUCAGAUGGCGAUCCGAGUCAAUUUGCAGUACCAAUCACGACCGUCGGUUACGGCGAGAUCACCCCUCGCUCGUUCCUAGGCCGACUUAUCACGCUCCCGCUACUCGUCUUCGGGCUGCUCCUCAUCGCGCUGCCCACGUUCGUUUUAGGGCGUGAGUUCAGCAUGAUCUGGGAAAUGAUGAAAGAGGACCAGGUCUCACACGAGGAUGUCUUCAACGCGCAUGGCAUCGACCCGCUCGCGUCGCCAACGCUCGCGCGCCAGCGCUCCAUCUCUGUGCACAGCAUCCGCGCGGAUCCCAGCGCCGUGACGGCGGAUUUGUGGCGGCAUCCUCGCGACGAGCCGGGGACGCUCCACACGUCAACUGGACAUGAUUUCCAGGAGACGCAGGCGCUGCGUGCGCAGAUUGCGGAGCUGAAGACGACUGUAGACAUGCAGGGUGCUAUGCUGCGCCGCAUUUUGGACGCGUUGGAAGCGAGGGGGAAACGGGAUACGUUCUUAUUCAUUCUGCCGGGCUAUCUUCAAGCAAUCGAAAUGUCAAGUACUCCACCGCCGGGUACCCAGUCACUCGCAGUGAAUAUGUCCACUAACAUGCAACGAGGACUUCAGAGAGGGCGAGGACAGCACAAAACAUAUGCGCCUGGCAAGCGGCGCAUGGAGCUGAUGCCUUCGGUCAGUCGGAGUAGCGGCCUGGACAAAGACGGAGAUGCCCUGAGAGACCACAAAGUCCAAGAGGAGUAUCGCGUUUUUAUCGAGGGCAAGGUAUGUAAGCUGCGGGAGGGUUUGUUAUCGUCGAAGCGGAGCGACGCAUUUGCCCUUGAAGUCUACGAGACUUCGUUAUGCCUCUCUGUAAUUUUUUGCAACACCAAGCAGACGGCCUCCAUCCUCUCGCAUCUCCUCCCGCACCUGUAUUCAGCGUCUCCGUUUUCCCCGCCGUCAGCAUCCCACUCCCCACUACCAAAUGUCAUCCUGUCGCUUUUGCACGAACUGCUCGAGAGCUACCCAUCUCAAAGCCGAUACUUUGAGCGGCUGUAUUCCCUUCCCCGCGCCUUCAUUCCCCGAGACUCGGAGGAGUAUCGUUGGGUGAACGAUCUCGCCAGAUGUCUCCGUAGGAGAAGCUAUGCAAAUCUAGAAGAGCUGACGUGUCGACACGCAUUUACAAGCUUUUUUCUCAAGAGCGAUCAAUCGGCCUCCGAGACAAGCAAGACACAAGAUGCCACGCUCAUUGACGCAAAAGAUGCAAACUUUUUGGCAGGGGCGCCGGCUCAUCUAGCUCUCGAGGCGGCUUGCGUACUGAACGAUGCAUUACGCGCCAAGGCUCGCGAAACCACCUGGCUAGUACUGCGCAGUGCAUACCGAGAGCUUCAUUGUCUGCCCUCUUGCGGUGAUAAUGUCGAACUUAAGCCGGACACUGGUACUGUGCCGAGCACGGCCCACUGGCUUAUACAUUCUCUGGCCCUCCACUCUGUCACGUCGGGUCUAGAACACACCGAAUCGGCUGAUAAGCUGGUCAACGAGUGGAUGGCGGAGAGGUGUACAGCAGGCGAAGUGAGGCCCAAGGAUGGAGCUGGUAUGGAAGGAAGGUGGAUGAUCUGCAAAGUCGUCGCAAAAUAG